AUGCAAGACUUCAGCUCGUUCUUGCAAAUCAAGCCGCCAAAGGUGCCGCUUCUGUCGCCCGGCACCUUGAAUUUCGCGAAACUGAACCCCAUUCCUCGUCGCUUCCGGCCCAGCCGGAGCAGGGGCGGCCAUCAGAAGAAGCGCUCAACCGCAAAUUUCACGACCAACGCCUGGUUCGUUCUCGGCUCCAAUGAGGCUACCGCUCUCAACACGUCUUUCAACCCCAUGCACUCGAUCCGCGCCCUGCGUCGUCGCUCCUGGCGAAUCCUCGACAUUCAAUACGUCAUCCUUGCCGCCCUAAUCAUCUUCUCCCUCGCCAUCUCGCCGUCGGCCCCUAUCAUCAAGACUCUGGCACUCUGCGCCACUGUUCUGGUUCUGCUCAUGCCCGCGACGAACCAAUUUUUCCUGCCGUCCCUGUCCAUCUGGACCUACCUCCUGUAUUUCUUCUGUAGCCGAUUCAUCGACGCCAAGUACCGUCCGCACAUCUGGGUUCGCGUUCUCCCGGCCCUCGAAAACGUCCUCUACGGCGCCAACUUGUCCAACAUUCUCUCCGCCCACACCCACGCGGUUCUCGAUAUUCUCGCCUGGUUGCCGUAUGGCAUCGCGCCAACCGCCUACGGAAUGCAGGGCUCACCUGCCGGCCUUGCUCGUGUCGACAAGAUUUUAGGCGUUGAUAUGUACACGACAAAACUUCACCACGGGACCCCUCUAACCUUUGGUGCCUUCCCCUCCCUCCACGCCGCCGAUGCAGUCCUCGAGGCUCUUUUCAUGAUCUACUGCUUCCCCCGAUUCCGUGCCUUCUUCAUCUCCUACGUCGCCUGGAUUUGGUGGGCGACCAUGUACCUCAACCAUCACUACGCCGUCGACCUUGUUGGCGGAUCCCUGAUUUCUGCAGCCAUCUUUUACACCGCGAAGACUCGAUACCUGCCCAAGCAGCAGUCUGAUAAGGCGACCCGCUUCGAGUACACGUAUGUCGAGAUUGGCGAGCAAAAGAAGGUUGUGGAUGAGGAGUACGGCGACUUUUACAGCCUCGGCUUGAUGCACCGCCAACGUUCUGCCGACAGCGACGAAUGGACCGUUGGCAGCACUUCGAGCUGCAGCACACUCUCUACGAGCGGCAGCGGCACAUUGAGUCCUGCGCCGUCCGACGAGGGACACCCGCAAGGCGUUUUCUCUGUCGAGAUGACACCUCACGGUCACAUGUGGGAUGGCGGCGUCCCACCACAUGACGGCGAUCUCAGCGAAGUCGUCGUGAUCAGGUAA